CGGCAUAACAAUGAUGACUUGUGCAUAUCUGGCUUGUUCGAGGGAAUUCUGACCGAGGAAACCGUUUCAAUGUUCUAAAUUAUCCUAAGGUACAACGAUGCCGACUGCAUUUUACCAUAAUGUGUAUGAUGACAUUGGUGAAGCAAGAAGUGGCAAUUCCUUUCACUUGUCAGCUUCUGUUAUUCUGUGCGUUUGUUGUUUACCCAUUUGUAUUGUAGUAAUCAUCGUUGCCACAACAACAACUUCAAAUUUCCAUGACAACCAUCCAGUUAUCUGGAGUAUUGUAGCUGUUACUAGCGUAGUUAGUACCAUUAUUACGAUUGUGAUUUGGAAAAGAUUACGUACGACAGGACAGGAGGGUGUCGCUUACAGAAUAGAAGAUGUUGCUAUAAAACCUAAGCUUUUGUUUCUUUGGAUAUUUGGAUUUGCCAGGAUCUUCUCUUCUACACUAGAAUUGGCUGUUGGAUUUUAUUGCAUGCAACACAAAUCAAAACAAAUGUUUGCUGGUGAAAUAUUUUUGUCCGUUUUUACAAACUUUUCCGAAAUCUCUUUCACCAUCACUCAACUGUGCUUUUUGAGUUCCUACUCAGCUUGCAAAUUAAAGGCUGAUGGCAUGGUGAAUUUUGGACUAUCAACCAUCAUUGUGACCCAUUUAGUCCAAUGGUUUGAAAUGAUAUUUACUACUCUGGCAAGAAAUGAUUUGAUAAAUGUUAUGCCACAGAAUGAAACCAACAACACUUGUUUUCACAGUCCUGAAUUCAAAAACUUCGAGAAGGACAUCAUACCGUACACAGAACCUAUGUCAACAGAGUAUGGUCUUCUUGCAGUGGGGAUGGUUUUAAGAUUGGCAUCAUUUCUGGACAACAGUGGACCAACAUCAGAUUUAGAAUCAACACACACGGAGCGCACACCCUUGCUAUGUGUUCAUUAUUUCGGUACAACAGCAAAAAUCGAGAAGCGCAACACUCCAGCUCUAGAAACAGAAAUGAAAGAUCAGCAUCAGUUCCAAAUCCCUUCGUUUUAUUGUUGUCUUCUAGCAGCAUUCAUAAUUUGUCUUCCCAUUCUGGUUACAAUAAUUCUGAAUGCUUAUGAGGAAGCCAGUCUACAGUUUGGUCUAGGAGUUGUGCAGUUCCUGUUUAAGGUUGAACUCACGACCUUAAUAAUAAUAACUUGUUAUCUCUGGUAUGUACAAUUUGGUCAGCAAAAUAUCUCAGACAGGAAAUAUGAUGGGAAACUUAUUCUCCUUAUGAGUACCGCUGGUACGGUGUCCCAUUUUGCAUUUGGACUAGUUGCGGGCAUUAUUAUUGAAAAUGAGGAGAACUCCAGUAUCGCAACAUUUCUCAUUCUUCAAAAAAUUCUUGAAAUCUUUGUCGUCGUAAUUCAAACAUAUCUCAUUCUGAAAUCACAAAGAUUGCGUGUGGUUCACUCCUUCAGAACCACCGGGUGUAUUUCAGUUGACAAAAUGUUCCACGUUUUUUUCCUUAUCCGUGUUAUAAUGUGGAUUGCAGAUAGCUAUAUUGGCAAAAACACGGAAAAGAUCAUGCCAAUAGAAUCAAAAGUAUAUGGAGACAAAUACUGGAAAGCUAUCAAUGAUGUUUUGUACCCAGUAACCAUGUUCUAUUUGUUCCACACAGCCAUUGACUUUUAUCAAAUGUACAAGAAAUACGAGAAGUCGUUUUAGUGGACUUUAGCAAGAAGCAGCGACUUUUACAGUCGAGGGCAUUACACUUGGACAAUGUAUGGAACCAUAAUAAAUAUUUAGAUUAAAAGUAAAUUAAAAGGUCAUAAUGGGCCAUUACAAAGCACAUAUACCGUUUUCUAGGAAGAGAACGGCAACCUCCCUGUCCGCAACCCAUUCCCUUCCAACCAUCACUAACCCCUGCCAUGUUUUCCUUUCGGAAUGUUUUUUUCUUCCUUUUUUUUUUUAUUUCUUCAGAAAAUGAGAUUGAAAGUAGAUGCUAUUCCUCACGAAUUAAGUAUUUUAAGUUAUGUUAUUCUGCCUCAUUUCAUCUCUUGUGUUGAUUGUAUACCGGUGUAUCUUGUUAGCACUCUUAAUAUUAUACCUUUAACCGCUAGUAAGGUUUCGUUAUAUAUUAACAAUUCCGUACCUCCAUACAUAGCGCAGGUUUAAAUGCCAAAGCAAACCGUCAACUGUAAAAGUCAGCGCUUCUCGCAAAAGUCAAGUAGAAUAUAGCGUAAAUGUAACUGCAAAACUAAUCAAGUGCAUUAAGUUUGCUUUGGUGGAAGUUUGCAGAUUGAUUCAAUAAACACUUUUCCCGUC